AUGGGCAGGGCCGCCCAGAGGUUUCCAGGGGCCCGGGGCAAAACUAAACCGGACAAUCGGGAUGACAAAAGGGACGACAGAGUGAAAAAGGAGGGAAAGAAGAAGCAAGAAGGGGGAAUAAUACGCGAAAAAAAGAAGUCGGAGAUGGAUCGGGUGGAACGUGACACUGGAGCAGGAGGAGCCUCGGGAUCCGAAGAAGAGGAUGGCUUCUCCGAUCAGGAAGAAGCCCGACUCAUCAGCGACGAUGCUGUCGCCGAGGGAGGAGUCUCGCUUCCCCCGAAAUGGGAUGCUUUUCGAGAGAUCCCACCGGAUAUUCAGACUGGAUCCUCGGCCCAGGGAAAUUGGAUCAAAGUUGGAUCCAAGGUCCUCAAGUUCCUCACGUACAUCUUCACGUUCGUGUUCGUACUCGGAUCCUCCUGCAUCGCCCUGAGUACGGCUCUCUUCAUGACCACGCAACUGAAGGUCGGACGAAUGGUGCCUCACUGCAACCGUCUAGUCGACAGCACGAAGGAAUGGGAGGCGAACAUCUCGUACUUGGAGCGAAUCGCUUGGAUUUGGGCCGUGUUCUUCGUCUUGAUUUCGCCGGAGGUGUACACCUUCAUUCGAUCCUUCCGUUUCGUCAUCUUCAAAACGACUCGGUUCACUAAACACGUCGAGGGAGUGAACAAAGGGCUGACGUUCGCCAUCGUUUGGACGGUGGAGACCCUGCACACCAUCGGAUUGUUCUUGUUGGCCUUCGUCGUCCUGCCCGAGCUGGACGUACUGAGAGGUGUCAUGUUCACAUCUUGCGUCUGCUUCGUUCCGUCCGUCCUCGGUCUGUUUUUCCGAGCGCGAGACGCAAAGAAAACGAAUGGCGAAGAGGAGUCGGAAAAAGCAAAGAAAAGUAAGGCGACGAAGAUUCUGGCGAUCAUUUUGGACAUCUUGGCUGUAUUUCUUCAGUCGUCGGCUUUGAUCAUUUGGCCUUACGUGGAAUAUCAAGCCCGGGGGGAGACGGUGGAUAUUUUCAUCCUCUCCCUCCCCCUCUCCGCCUUCCUCAUCUCCCUCCGUUGGUGGGAGAAUUACUUCUACGUGUCCAAAGACGACGGUACGAUCAUCCUCAUGUUCAUCGGAGUCAUCAUUUACGUGAAAUACAUACUCGAAGAUGACCUGAGUGCCCUCUUCACCAGUGCUUCCGCCAGCUUCGGACAACAUCUUCUAAAUGUCACCGAGGUGCAAAACGUGAUAGUGGAGUAUUCCAUGUGGGAUGUUGCGUCUUCAGUUCCGGUAGAUAACACCGAUACGGUCCGAUCUCGAUCAGCAGCUGCAUGUUGGCUGAUUUUGAUCCACAUUGCUACUGCCUGGAUCUGCUAUACCGUUGGGAAGUUUGCAUGCAAGAUCAGGAUCCAGGGAACAGGAUUUGCAUUCCCAUUGACCCUCGCUGUCCCAGUGACGACUGUCUUCCUCUUCAGUGCAUGUGGAUGGAGAAACGAAAACCUCUGUGCCUUCCAUGGUGUCAUCCCCGAUUACCUCUUUUGGGAAUGCCCUUCUGGAGACUUCCUGGAUGACUUCAUAAAGGGACAGUUUGGUUGGCUGGGGAUGAUGUGGCUCCUGUCACAACUGUGGACCACAGUACAUAUCUGGACCCCGACUUCUGGAAAGUUGGCUACCACAGAUCUACUCUUUGUCAAUCCCUGGUAUGUCUCCUUGCUUCUGGCCCACAUAUUUUUCGACGAUGCAUAUACGUUGUCUGACGAUGGGACCGAGAAGUCAGUAGUGAACAAGUUCGUGAAGGAUCUGAUCGAGGUGAUCCCAAAGGCUGCAUCUGUGGUUCACGGCGUGGAAGAAUCCGUGGUCAAGACAAUCAUUCGAAAUCCGAAACGGUAUCCCACACCUUAUGGUGGUCGUCUCGUCUGGACCUUGCCUGGCAAAUCCAAGAUCAUCUGUCAUCUUAAAGACAAAAAUAAAAUCAGGCACAAGAAGCGAUGGAGUCAGUGCAUGUACAUGUACUACCUGUUGGGGUACAAGUUGAUGGAACGAGAGGACUUGCCAAGCGAACGAAAGGAUGUGAUGGCCGAAAAUACGUUCAUUUUGGCCUUGGACGGAGACAUCGAUUUCCAGCCCCUCGCUGUCCGGCUCUUGGUGACGAUGAUGAAACGAGACAAGAACUUGGGCGCUGCAUGUGGCCGUAUUCACCCUGUUGGACGAGGCCCAAUGGUGUGGUUCCAGCUGUUCGAGUAUGCCAUCGGACAUUGGCUGCAGAAGGCUACGGAGCACAUGAUCGGCUGCGUUCUCUGCAGCCCUGGUUGCUUCUCUCUCUUUCGAGGAAAAGCCCUCAUGUCCGACAACGUCAUGAAGAAAUACACCGCCGUAUCCAAAGAGGCCCUGCACUACGUCCAGUUUGACCAAGGGGAAGACAGAUGGCUGUGUACAUUGCUCCUUCAACAAGGCUACCGUGUUGAAUAUUCCGCUGCUUGCGAUUCCUUCACCCACAGUCCGGAAGGAUUCAAUGAAUUUUACAAUCAACGUCGUCGAUGGGUCCCAUCCACAAUGGCUAACAUCAUGGACCUAAUCGGGGAUUACAAGAGCACGGUUGCCGUCAAUCCGAACAUCUCCCUCCCUUACAUCUUCUAUCAGUUGCUGUUGAUGGUGGGGACCAUUUUGGGUCCAGGGACGAUUUUCAUGAUGUUGGUGGGAGCCUUUGUGGCAGCAUUCAAGAUCUCCAACAUGACUGCCUUCAUAGGAAACAUCGUUCCCAUCUGUCUCUUCAUGCUCGUCUGUCUCUUCAUGAAGUCCAAGCACCAGUUGAUGCUGGCCCAGUUGUUAACAGCUCUAUAUGCCUUGUUGAUGAUGGCUGUCAUCGUGGGUACGGCUCUUCAGUUGCAAGAAGAUGGCAUAGCCAGUCCUUCAGGGAUUUUUCUCUUAAGCCUCACAGCAUCCUUCGUCAUCUGUGGACUCCUUCAUCCUCAGGAGAUCCAUUGUCUCCCGGCUGGUUUCGUCUACUAUCUCACAGUUCCCAGCAUGUACCUCCUUCUCAUCAUCUAUUCCGUUUUUAAUCUGAAUGACGUAUCCUGGGGAACACGAGAAGUCCCAAAAAAGCUCACCAAAGCGGAGGAAGAGGCUCAACAGAAGGCUUUGGAGGAGGCAGCAAAGAAUAAGAAGAACAAAAGUAAAUUUGUAGCUUUGAUGAGGAGGAUGGGUCAGCAGGCUUUGAAUCAAACGGAAGACGAAGGCAGUUACGAAUGCUCCUUCGCUGGCCUCUUCAAGAUCAUGUGCUGCACUCGUCCCAAAGAAGAUAAGGCGGAGGUAGAAAUGAAGAAAAUCUCUGAAAGCCUGGAUCGUAUGUUCACACGACUCGACCGCAUCGAAAGGAUGGUGGAUCCUCAACCGACACGAAGGUCGCGGGCGAACAGCCUGGUUCGGCGACCCAGUUUCAUCAAUCAUUCAGGAAAUACGCAAGAAACGAUCUCGCCCAUCUUGGAAGACGAACAUGAAGAACAAGAUGUAUCGACCUCUCAGGAUGGAAGCACGGAAAGCCAUUCCGGGACCAGCGAUGAUGAGUCGGUGGACGAAAAUACGAAUCCAUAUUGGUUGAACGACGAAGCGCUGCCGAAGGGGGAAACAGUAUUCCUGAAACCAAGAGAAAUCACCUUCUUCAAGCAGCUCAUCGAGACUUACCUGAAACCCCUGGAUAACGACCCCAAGACUCAGGCGAAAGUGAAAAGCGACCUGAAGGAAUUGAGGAAUACGGUCGUAGCAGCCUUCAUCAUGUUCAAUGCUGUCUUCGUCCUCACUGUUUUUCUCCUUCAACUCAACAAGGACACCCUACAUAUCGACUGGCCCCUUGGUGUCAAGACCAAUAUAUCUUACCUCAUGCCCAACGAGAAGCACAGCAUUCAUAUGGUGGAAAUCAGCAAGCAAUAUCUGGAGCUAGAACCGAUUGGACUCGUUUUCGUCAUCUUCUUCGCCGUGAUCCUUAUCGUCCAGUUCGUGGCGAUGAUUUGGCAUCGAAUGGCCACCUUCAGCCAGAUCAUGGCCACGACCGACAUAUUCACUCGAUUCGCCAGCAAGGCAACGAACGACAAGACGAACGCGGAGAUAGUCGUGAAUUACGUGAAGAAGCAGCAGAGACUGAGAGGUGUGGACGACGAAACAGGGGGUGACGGUGAAAUUGGAGGACCACUGGAGGAACGGAGGAAAACUUUCGAAAGGCGCAAUACUGUUACUUUCCUGGAAAAAAAUCGCGAACAACUUCGGAGGAGGCACACGAGGACCCUGGACGCCGCGUUCCAGAAAAGAUUUCAGCAAGACGAUAAAUUGGAUGGGCUCGCUUCGGCGAUGACGGGAGGAGCAGGACGAAGGAUGACAAUGGCUCAGGAGGUGAUGAGGAAAUCCAUCUUGAAACGACGGGAUACCUUGUUUCAGGCCAAUGCAGGAAGAAGGAUGACAAGUAGCAUCGGGAGCGGGCCGGGUAGGGCAUCCAUGAGCUACAGCGGCCAGCGAUCUUCGGCAGGUUCCAGCAUGGGUGGGUACGAUAAUAGCGCCUUCCAGAACGAUGCCAGUGAUGAACCCGUUCGCCCAGCCAGAACCCCCACUGUCAGAAUCAGCGAUCCGAGGGACGCGCACUUGGAAGCCGGUUCCCUGGAUUAGUGCUUACAGCUUCGACCUUAUUGUUCUCCAGGAUUCCCCUCCAUCCAAACGGGCUUCCCUCACAAGUUUCCAUGCUUACUACAUUCCCAUGAGUGUUCACGUACACGAACUUCAAAUAAUACUUUCAUCAGCAGUUUUCCAGUGAUUUGUGGCAUAUCGACUAUUCCUGGAGAUGCCGAGCGAUUCCUUCUAUUUUCCCGUGGAUUCUCUACUCGAUGCGGGUCACUGAGGGGAAUCGAUUCCAUGAUCAAUUCAUUGCAUGCAUGUUUCCUGUACUGAUGUUCCAGAUAUAUUAAAGAAAGCUCCUGA